AUGGCGCCAGAUCAAAAGAUUCUCUCCAUCUUUUUCGUAUUGUUAACUUGCUUUAUUCUGCUAGUCAAUUCUAAGCCAGCAGUAGAGAAUGAAAGAAUAAAGCCAAAUCAUUCUGCAAAUCAAAGCUUUGAAAUAACGAACACGAAUAGUAGCGGUAAUAAUCCAACUCCAUUCAACCAGAAGCAAUCCUCUCGAAGAUAUAGACAGAAUGAUCCAAUAUUUAAAUUUCAGUUUUCAAAUCUAUGGGGUAAUGAUAAUACGGCAAAAAGUCGCUUUCCGUUAAUAUGCUUCUUCCUUCUCAUGAUAUUGGCAUUGGCAUUUUCAAUAUUUAGAAAUCGCCUACUGGUAGCUGAUUUCAUUUCAGAAGUUCGAAGUCGAGGAAUUCGCCACUAUUUGUCGCAAAAUACUGGUUAUACUAGAUUAGAUUCAAGUGUACAUUUGCAAAAGGCAAUUUAA